AUUAGGUGAGUAAGAUUUUGCACGCAAUUAUAGACUGAAAGAAGCCAUUUGGUGAUUGAUCUCUCAUCAUCUUGCAAUGCAAUUGUGACUGGUGCAGAUUCUCUUAGGGUUGCCUUUUAUCUUACCACAUCCAGUUCCAUAUUUAUCAAGAGCUUUCAAUCUCGGCCGUGUAUUUAUCCACUUUUGGUCUGUUAACUUCAAAUUUGUACCUGAGGAUAUAUUUGUAUCUAAAACAUUUGCUAUCUCUUUGUUGGGAGCCCAUCUCACUCUGCUUAUGCUUUUUGCUCACUAUAGAUGGUGCAGAAAUGAAGGAGGUCUUUUUGCAUUCUUACAGUCUCAGCUUGGACAAAUGAAACACAGAAUCAUUACUUUAUUCUCCUUAUCUUGCAAAACACUUCCCAGUCAAAGAUUAGGCCGCAAAUGUCUUCUACCAGACCAUAUUGUGACUACAAUGUUUGUCGGGAACUUUAUUGGCAUAAUAUGUGCUCGAUCACUUCAUUAUCAGUUCUACUCUUGGUAAGUGCUGCUGCGCAUUGUUGGCUACACUUGGUUUUUUUUUGUCUGGCUUGAUAAUCCAACUAAUUGCACUUUAAUGCUAAAGUAAUUUGUUUUUAAUCAUAUGCCUAACCUCUAUGUUUGUACCAAGAGGUGAAAUCACUACUGUCAGCCUCUUGCAUCUUCGCCCCAGAGUCUCAAUGGCACGCUGGUUCACGUGUCCAAACCACCUCAACCUAGCUUCCUGCAGUUUAUGCUCCACAUAUGCCACUCCCACCCGUUCCCAGAUAACCUCAUUUUAAAAUAAAUUGAUGUGAAUAUGAAUUAUACGGUAAAGUGAUUUAAGUUUUGGGACGGAGGGAAUAUUUCACUUUGCAUUUUCCUGAUAUAAACUGAUCAUAAGCAAAUAGUGUUUCUUAACAUUUUUGCCUUUUUCUAGCAUUUUCUGGGAUCUUAGCAUACAUGCACUUAGUCUUCAAAUGAAAUAGAACUUCCAUUUGAAUCUGCUCUUCGUUUUCCUGCUGUUAUCCCAGGUACUUCUAUAGCAUACCAUAUUUACUGUGGAAAACACCGUUCCCGACCUUUGUCCGUUUACUGUUAUUCUCAAUAGUGGAGCUGUGCUGGAAUGUUUACCCCUCCAAUGUUUACUCGUCUGCCCUGCUUCUCUCGGCUCACUUAGUCAUUUUGGGAGGUUUAUGGGCAGCCUCGCCCGAAUAUCCGUACGCCCAACGGACGAAUGAUAAUACAUCAUCAACAGCAAAGGACAGAUGAUGAUCUUUUUGUGCUGAGUUUUUUGCCGCAGAGGUUUAGUUUGGUAAAUACUCCGUAUCACUUUUCUGGGUUAGUACUUCACAGCCAACUUAUAAACCUCUCUUUCCCCGUUUUCUUCUCCCUUGUAACUUAGAUGCAUAUGUGGCAUUAAAGCCAAACGACACAUUUUUUUCCCACAUACAAAAAAACUUUUUUUUUGUGG